AUGGGAACCUGGAACAUCGAGAAGGGAAGAGGGGAUGAGGAGAGGGGGAGGUGGGAUGAGAAGAUGGGGAGGUGGGAUGAGGAGAUGGGGAGGUGGGAUGAUGAUACGGGGAGGUGGGAUGAGGAGACGGGGAGGUGGGAUGAGGAGAUGGGGAGGUGGGAAGAGGAGAUGGGGAGGUGGGAUGAGGAGAUGGGGAGGUGGGAUGAGGAUACGGGGAGGUGGGAUGAGGAGAUGGGGAGGUGGGAUGAGGAUACGGGGAGGUGGGAUGUGGAUACGGGGAGGUGGGAUGUGGAGACGGGGAGGUGGGAUGAUGAGACGGGGAGGCGGGAUGAGGAGACGGGGAGGUGGGAUGAGGAUACGGGGAGGUGGGAUGAGGAGAUGGGGAGGUGGACUGAGGAGAUGGGGAGGUGGGAUGAGGAUACGGGGAGGUGGGAUGUGGAGACGGGGAGGUGGGAUGAGGAGACGGGGAGGCGGGAUGAGGAGACGGGGAGGUGGGAUGAGGAGAUGGGGAGGUGGGAUGAGGAGAUGGGGAGGUGGGAUGAGGAUACGGGGAGGUGGGAUGAGGAGAUGGGGAGGUGGAAUAAGGAGAUGGGGAGGUGGGAUGAGGAUAUGGGGAGGUGGGAUGUGGAGACGGGGAGGUGGGAUGAGGAGACGGGGAGGUGGGAUGAGGAGACGGGGAGGUGGGAUGUGGAGAUGGGGAGGUGGGAUGUGGAGACGGGGAGGUGGGAUGUGGAGACGAGGAGGUGGGAUGAGGAGAUUGGGAGGUGGGAUGAGGAGAUGGGGAGGUGGGAUGAGGAGAUGGGCUUCGGUCAGGACAGCUAG